AUGCUUGCGAACUUCAGAGGAUUGAAUAUUAAACAUAAAGAAGAAAGGAUUAAAAAGUUAUUCGAUGAAUUGCAGGAUUUGUUUCCAAAUACAAAUGUUGAUCAGAAAAGGCAUAAAAUUCCGGAAUUGUUUCGAUUUCUUAAAGUUUUAUCUAAAAUACUUUUAAGCUUUUCAUUAUUUGUGUUAACAGUGUUUGCUUCGGUACCUUUUUUCAUGAAGUUUUAUUCGUUGUUGACAUCCAAUGAUAUUAAAAUGGCGAUGUUUUAUACUAUUCAAUGGCGACCAGAGAACAACGCUUUGUUCUUCUUAAUAUAUUUACAACAAAUUGUGUAUAGUUUAACUGGCUUGAUAUUCUUAAACCGAAAUGAUACUUUGUAUUGCAUAUGCUUCGAACUUAUUUGCAAAUUGUAUGAAGUUAUUGCUCAUGAUUUACGUAAUUUAAAAAAUCAACACGAACUUGGAAUUUUGAUUGAAAAUCAUGAAAAACUUCUUGAACUAACUUCAAAAUUUGAUGAAGUUUUCUGUGUUGGAAAUUUACUGAACAUUUUGCUUUCUAUUCUUGCGAUGUCUGUUGGACUUAUUCAAGUGUUGGCUACAGAAUCAUUUGAAAUGAAAAUUAAAUAUGCUGUAUGUUUCCUGGUCUUAAUACCACAAGUUUUCAUCUUAAGUUUUUGGGGAGAUAAAGUCGAAAAAGCUUCUGAAAGUAUCGCCAAAGCUGCAUAUGAUCGCUGGAAAAUUGAAGAUGAUAAAAAAAUGAAAACUUCUUUACAACUCAUCUUAAUAAGAUCACAACGUCCACAAAGGCUUACUGGUUAUAAAUUUAUCAAAUUAUCAUGCGGAACCUUCACAGCAGUAAUAAAAACCGCGUAUUCUUACUACACACUUUUGAUGACAGUACAUGAAAAUGAUUAA